CCGAGCUGCUCCAGUCAUGUCCUCCCAGCGCUCCCAUGUAGUAGGCGGCGUCCUGCUCUUCUUAGCAUGCCUAUACACCGCACACUGUUCUCUAUCGAAUUCCACUGAAAAUGAGAUCACAGUGACGUUGUCUGGGGAGGGUCACCACAUUGGUUUGGAAAAUGUAAUUGAAGUUCCCGAUGACGAAUACAGUGAAGAUGAAAAUCCUGAAGAAGACCUCUCAGGGCACUCUGUAGAGGAUAUUAUACGAGUACAAGCUGUUGUUAAGCCAGCUGAUGGGGAUGUAACUGCUUCUACUGUGGGAAAGAAGGCAGAUAAAAAGAAAAAAGGGGAAAAGAAGAAGAAUAAACAGAAGACCCCCUGCCAAACUACACAUAAGAGCUUCUGCGUUCAUGGAAAGUGCAGAUACCUAGCAAAAGUACCAGCAGUCUCAUGCAAAUGUCAUGAGAACUACUUUGGAGAGAGAUGCACAGAACGAUACUUGAGAACGGGGACUACAGACCAUAAUGAUAUGACUACGACCACUAUAUUGGCAGUUGUAGCAGUUCUACUAUCAGUUAUCAGCAUAACAGCCAUAAUCAUCAUCAUAGUUGUACACACAAGAAGGAAAUAUUCCUCCUAUGAUUGUGAAGCAGAGGAGACCAAGAAACUGGGACAAGACCAUGGAAGUGAAGAUGUCUAACUUGCCCUUGGCUUUACAAAAAAGCACUGCCAGACCUCAAAGGUGAAUGUGAAGAUGAGCUGCGCCUUCUUAUUGUGUUUUUUACAGAUAUUUAUUUAUUUUUAAUAUUUUACUGUGUAUUAAUAUUGACUAAUUUUAUUAAGUAUUUUUAUUUAAAUAAAAAUAUUCAUUUUUUAUAAA